GCUGCAGCACUGAACCACCAAUGAACAAGAAAUUGUCAGCAGAGAUAAUGCCCUAAUCCCAAUCUCUGCUUUCCAAACUGUCUGAAACUUCAUACCCAUCAAUGGCGGCUUCAAUUUUACUACACCCACCAACCCUUCUAACAACCUCUCAAAUCAAACGCCACAAACCCUCACUCUCGGCGCAAAGAAUCCACUCUUCUUCACCUCAACGCAAAAAAAUCCUCGCUAAUCCACAGUCCUUGCUUCCAUUUCGAUCUUCAGUCCCCCAAUUCGGAUCGACGAGAGCUUCGCCACACGAGAUUCUCGAAACAAUCGAGCAAAAGGACGAAUCUUUGUCCGGGUCGGCGGAUAAACCGGUGAAAUUCCUCGCCUGGGUUCUGCUGUGGGCAUCUUUGUCUCUUGGGUUCUACGCAUUCUCCGGUGAUGCCAGAGCCGCCGCAAUCGGCGGCGCCGAUUCAAUUAGGGCUUCGGGCUUUGGCGUGAAGGUCGCCAACGGGCUUCGGGCCUCGGGCUGGCCCGACGAAGCUGUUGUAUUUGCCUUGGCUACGCUGCCGGUGAUUGAGCUACGUGGCGCUAUUCCCGUUGGUUAUUGGCUGCAGCUCACGCCUCUAGUGCUCACUCUCCUCUCUAUUCUUGGGAACAUGGUACCCGUACCCUUCAUCGUACUAUACCUGAAAAAAGUCGCAAACUUUCUCACCGUAAACAACAAAACCGCCUCUCGAUUUCUCAACAUGUUAUUCGAGAGGGCCAAACAGAAAGCGGGUCCGGUGAAAGAAUUUCAAUGGCUUGGAUUAAUGCUAUUUGUGGCAGUGCCGUUUCCCGGUACAGGAGCUUGGACCGGAGCUUUCAUAGCAUCUGUAUUGGAUAUGCCGUUCUGGUCGGCAGUUUCGGCUAAUUUUGUCGGUGUGGUAUUAGCUGCCCUUUUGGUAAAUUUGCUCGUUAACCUAGGACUCAAAUAUGCUGUCCUAACCGGCGUACUUUUAUUUUUCAUUUCCACGUUCAUGUGGAGUAUUCUUCGUGGUCUGAAAAAUUUAUCGACUGCAUCAAAUUGAUGCAGGUUCGUAAUAAAUUUAGAAUAAUUACUAGAUUUAAUAACUGCUUUGAGCUUAAUUAGUGACCACGAAAAAAGGCCUAUUGCGAAAAGAUUUCGUAAUAAAAAUUCCGUCGAGGGUUUCUUUUAGAGUUGUAUUAUUGUCGAUUUGGUAUAAAGUUUAUCGGGUGUAGCAUCUAACAAACCGCAUCUUCUUUUUUGUUUUUUUAUGUGUGGAUCGAUGAUUCGACAGUUAUAAUGCAUAAUCUUUUCCAUU